AGUGGGCGGUGCAAUAGUGCCCCAUCGUUGGUGUCAGUGGGCGGUGCAAUAGUGCCCCAUCGUUGGUGUCAGUGGGCGGUGAAUAGUGCCCCAUCGUUGGUGUCAGUGGGCGGUGCAAUAGUGCCCCAUCGUUGGUGUCAGUGGGGUGGGCGGUGCAAUAGUGCCCCAUCGUUGGUGUCAGUGGGCGGUGCAAUAGUGCCCCAUCGUUGGUGUCAGUGGGCGGUGCAAUAGUGCCCCAUCGUUGGUGUCAGUGGGCGGUGCAAUAGUGCCCCAUCGUUGGUGUCAGUGGGGCGGUGGAAUAGUGCCCCAUCGU